AUGGACAAGAAGACUGCAACUGACACCUACACCUUACCACGGGACAAGCGAGAGAGCUCUCGUCUCGAGCAGCAGCAUCGCAUAGUCGUCGCCAAUACUGGCUUUCACAUCCAUCCGCGUAUCAAAGCCGCCUUACCGGAGAAUGCUAGCAUCGCGGAGAUAGCAACCGGAACGGGAAUCUGGCUGAGAGAAGUGGCCUCCUCCGCCCCUACGGGAUGGACGUUUUCCGGUUUCGAUAUCUCUCCUGAUCAAUUCCCACCGGGAAACCAAGACGGAAGAUGCAAGUUCGAGCAGCUCAACAUCCUCCAGCCAAUUCCAUCCCAUCUGGAGAACGCCUUUGACAUUAUUCAUAUCCGAUACAUGGUCAUCGCUCUAGUCGGCAACGACUGGAAUCUGGUCGCUCAGAAUGCCCAGCGAAUGCUCAAGCCCGGAGGCUGGCUGCAAUGGCACGAAUCCGAUUUCUCCAACAAGAGAGUGCUUCAGAACGUCCCUGGAGCCUCGACGGCUGCUCAGAGAGCAUUGUUCCAAGCCUACCUUGACCUGCAUACUCCGUACGGCAAAUGUCUGCCCGAUGGGAUCAAUCCGGGGCUCCUGCAGACUGUCCAGAAGAACGGAUACCAGGACAUUAUGCAAGAUGUUUUUGCAAUUGAUCGGGUAGCAGAGACGAGGACAGAGACCGUCGCCGUCUCGAACUGGGCUCUUCUCUGGUCGGCUGUCGCUGCUGCCAAGAAAGCUCCCGAGUAUGGCUACGACGAAGAAGGACUCAAAGAGCUACAUAGAAAGGCUACGGAGGAGGCCGAGGGUGGCAGGAUCUACCUUACAUGGAGCAUGUACAUUGUCACGGGAAGGAAGCCGUCCUGA